CGUGAGUUUAUGGGUGUGACGGCUGUUAUUCAGACAAACGGUCAGAGAUCAAGAAUUGAACUUUUAUAUAACUUUACUGAUCUGAUCUUUAUUAACUCCAAACCUACAGCAACAUGAAGACGAUCUCUUUGCUCUUUUUCAUCUCUAUAUUUAUCAACAGUGUGUUUGGUGAUGAAGUGAAGUCAGUGUCAGUGAAGGAGGGAGAUUCUCUUACUCUACACACUGAUUUUACUGACACACAGGCAGAUGAUGUGACAAUAGUUUGGACAUUUGGGCCUCAAAAAUCUACCAUAGCUAAAAUCAAUAGAGAACCUAAAGGCAAUAAGAUCUCAAUAUUUGAUGAUGUUCUUGAUGGGAGAUUCAGAGACAGACUGCAGUUAAAGGAUCAGUCUGGAGAUCUCACCAUCACAGACAUCACAACUCAACACACUGGAGUAUAUGAAGUAGAGAUAACUGUCAGAAGUAAGAUUAUACAAAAGAGUUUCAAUGUUAAUGGUGUGAUUAACCCAGAAUCAAAUAAACUAAAAUCAGUGUCAGUAAAGGAUGGAGAUUCUGUUACUCUACACACUGAUGAUCCUGAUAUCAAGAAAUAUGAUGAGAUACAGUGGAGAUUUAAAGGGAUUCCUAUAGCUCAAUUCAAUAAAUCAGCCAGUGAAAUAUCAGAAGAUGAGAGAUUCAGAGAUAAACUGCAGCUGGAUGUUCAGACUGGAUAUCUUAAAAUCAAGAACAUCAGAAUGGAUCUCUCUGGACUUUAUGAAGUAGAUCUCACCACCACCAGCAGCGUUUAUACCAUACAUCAGCCAUUCACAGUUACUGUCAGUGGUGAAGUGAAGUCAGUGUCAGUGAUGAAGGGUGAUCCUGUCACAAUAUACACUGAUGUUCCUGACAUUAAAACCUAUGAUCAGAUACUGUUGAUCUUUGGGUGUGAUGAAAAACGGAUUGCUGAAGUAAAUAAACAAAACAAAAAGUUCACUCUAUAUGGGGAAGUCAGAGACGGACUAAAGCUGAAUGAUCAGACUGGAGAUCUCACCAUCACAAACUUCAGAACUGAAGAUGCUGGACUUUAUGAACUGAAGAUGAGCAGCAGAAGACGAUCCAUUCAGAGGAGAUUCAGUGUUAGUGUCAGUGAGCAAGGUCUGUCUCCAGUUGCUAUAGCAGUAAUAUCUGUUAUCUUCCUCCUGCUUGCUGCUGUUGCUGCUGCUGCUGGUGCUGGUGUGAUUUACUAUCGCCGUAAGGUCGCUGAACCAAAACACCAAUUGGAUGAAAUACAACCAUUGCAAGCAUAUGCGGGAGAAUCAAAACUAUUGCUAGUGGAUGAGGGAGAAUCAAAACCAUUACAAGCGUAUGGGGGAGAAUCAAAACCAUCGCAAGUGUAUGAGGGAGAACAAAAACCAUUGCAAGCAGAUGAGGGAGAACCAAAACCAUCGCAAGCGGAUGAGGGAGAACCAAAACCAUCGCAAGCGGAUGCGGGAGAACCAAAACCAUUGCAAGCGGAUGCGGGAGAACCAAAACCAUGGCAAGCGUAUGGGAGAGAACCAAAACCAUGGCAAGCGUAUGGGGGAGAACCAAAACUAUUGCAACCGUGGGUUGGUUCUCCCCCACAACCAUCGCAAGCGGAUGCGGAUGCGGGGAAACCAAAACCAUGGCAAGUGGGUGGGGGAGAACCAAAACCAUGGCAAGCGUAUGGGAGAGAACCAAAACCAUCGCAAGCGUAUGGGGGAGAACCAAAACUAUUGCAACCGUGGGUUGGUUCUCCCCCACAACCAUCACAAGUGGAUGCGGGGAAACCAAAACCAUGGCAAGCGGAUGCGGGAAAACCAAAACCAUCGCAAGUGGAUGCAGAAGAACCAAAACCAUUGCAAGCGGAUGCGGGAGAACCAAAACCAUCGCAAGCGGAUGCGGGAGAACCAAAACCAUCGCAAGCUGAUGCGGGAGAACCAAAACCAUCACAAGUGGAUGCGGGGAAACCAAAACCAUGGCAAGUGGGUGGGGGAGAACCAAAACCAUGGCAAGCGUAUGGGAGAGAUCCAAAACCAUCGCAAGCGUAUGAGGGAGAACCAAAACCAUCGCAAACGUAUGGGGGAGUACCAAAACUAUUGCAACCGUGGUUUGGUUCUCCCCCAAAACAAUCGCAAGCGUAUGGGGGAAAACCAAAACCAUCGCAAGCGUAUGGGGGAGUACCAAAACCAUGGCAAGCGUAUGGGGGAGAACCAAAACCAUCCCAAGCGGAUGCGGGAGAACCAAAACCAUCGCAAGUGGAUGCAGAAGAACCAAAACCAUUGCAAGCGGAUGCGGGAGAACCAAAACCAUCGCAAGCGGAUGCGGGAGAACCAAAACCAUCGCAAGCUGAUGCGGGAGAACCAAAACCAUCACAAGUGGAUGCGGGGAAACCAAAACCAUGGCAAGUGGGUGGGGGAGAACCAAAACCAUCGCAAGCUGAUGCGGGAGAACCAAAACCAUCACAAGUGGAUGCGGGGAAACCAAAACCAUGGCAAGUGGGUGGGGGAGAACCAAAACCAUGGCAAGCGUAUGGGAGAGAUCCAAAACCAUCGCAAGCGUAUGGGGGAGAACCAAAACCAUCGCAAACGUAUGGGGGAGUACCAAAACUAUUGCAACCGUGGUUUGGUUCUCCCCCAAAACAAUCGCAAGCGUAUGGGGGAAAACCAAAACCAUCGCAAGCGUAUGGGGGAGUACCAAAACCAUGGCAAGCGUAUGGGGGAGAACCAAAACUAUCCCAAGCGGAUGCGGGAGAACCAAAACCAUCGCAAGUGGAUGCAGGAGAACCAAAACCAUCACAAGCAGAUGCGGGAGAACCAAAACCAUCGCAAGCAGAUGCGGGAGAACCAAAACCAUCGCAAGCGGAUGCAGGAAAACCAAAACCAUCGCAAGUGGAUGCAGGAGAACCAAAACCAUUGCAAGCGGAUGCGGGAGAACCAAAACCAUCGCAAGCGGAUGCGGGAGAACCAAAACCAUCACAAGCAUAUGCGGGAGAAUCUGCCAAUCUAAAGACUGAUACUGACAUACAGAGAGAUGGUGAGAUGAGAUUUAAUGAAACUCUUAUAGCUGAAAUCAAUCCUGCAAACAAUAUUUCCAGUACACAUGAUGCAAAAAUGGAAAAAGUCUCAGUGAAUGAGGGGGAGUCUUACACACUGAAGAAUAAUCUUACUGAAAUAAAGAGAGAUGAUGUGAUAGAGUGGACAUUUAAAGAAACUCUCAUAGCUGAAAUCAAUCCUACCAACAAGAUCUUCAGGACAUAUGAUGGUGAUGAUGAUCUAUUCAGAGAUAAACUGAAGCUAAAUCUUCAGACUGGAGAUCUCAAUAUCAAAGACAUCAGUGAGGAACACACUGGAGAUUAUACACUGAAGAUCAUCAGAGAUGGAGAAACCUCAUACAAGAGAUUCAUUGUGUUUGUCAGAGAUGAAAUAAAAACAUUGCAACUGUAUGAGGGAGAAUCUGCUGAUCUGAAGGCUGAAGUUAAAGACAUAAAGAAAGUUGAUCUGAUAGAGUGGAGAUUUGGAGAAACUCUCAUAGCUGAACUCAGUCCUGGAAUGUUCUUUGGAAAAUCUUAUAAAGAUAAAAGUCUAUUCAGAGAUAAACUAAAGCUGAAUCCUCAGACUGGAGAUCUCAACAUCAAUGACAUCAGUGAGGAACAUGAUGGAGUUUAUAAACUGAAGAUCAUCAGAGAUGGAAAAACUUCACACAAGAGAUUCAGAGUGUCUGUCAGAGCUUCCAAAAAGGGGAUUCAGUGAGGAAGAUUCAGUGAUUCAGAUAGAGAAUCUGCCAUUGUCGCCAGUGAGCAGCAGUGAUCUUCCUCCAGUGUAACAUCAUCAUCAUCAUAAACACAUCAGCAUCACAUUACUAAUAACAUCACCCUCAUAUCAAUGAGUUUAAACAAUCCACAUGUAUGUGCUGAUGAACUAUUUCUUUUUGAUUUGCCAUUACAUAAAAACAUUUUAAUCAUUUAAAUACAUAAAAUUAAUAGAAAGAUAAAUAUAUUAUAAAUAAAAUUAAAGUCAAUAUAAUUAAAGUUGACUGAACACAUCUGUUGUUCACACUGAUCUACAGAUUUGAUCUUUGUUUUAAAUUCAUUAAUAUUUUAAUUUUGUUAAUGCUGUGAUAAUGCAAUUGUUUACAUUUUUUCCUCAUAAAUCUACACUACGUACCCCAUGACAAAGUGAAAACAGAAUUUUAGAAACGUUUGCAAAUGUAUGAAAAAGAAAACUGAAAUAACAUAUUUACAUUAUACAUAUUCAUACGUUAACAAUUACUUUUGUUACAUUUUUAAAUACUAGUUUUUUAUAAGUUUUACCCAAAAAAUUAGUUUUUACAUUUUUACUGAAUGAUUCACAAAUUACAAAAAAUUGUCUUAAAACAUUUCUUUUAUUGACCCUUUGCAACUGUUUACCAUUUACCGUUGUUUCAAUGUUGUAUCAACGUUGAACAAUCAACUGAACCACAAAGAGGGCACAUACAAGCAUCCUUACUGAAACAUUUAAUAACAAAAGAAUAACAAUGGGCUCAUGGACUUUACGGACAUUGGGUUAAUGAUGGUUAAAAGAAUAGUGCCUACUACAAAAAACUCAAACAUAUCUAACAUGUAAUGGUUUUUCGUGAAUGCGUUUUCUUUAACAGGAAGAGUCACAUUAUAAACUGCAAUGUACAGUGCACUCCUAAAAGGGACAAAAGUGAUUUACCUCAUCUAGUGGUGAAAUUGUAUUUUGCAUUCAAACGAAUAGUGCUCUCUAGUGCCUUGCUUUUCCAAAUGCGUGUUGCAACUCAGCCGUUAUGUAAUGAAUGAUCUCCUUGUCUGUUUUGGCUGGUUCACAUGUUCUGAAUGAAAACGUGUUAUGGAAACGCUUUUAGUGCUUUUUGUCCCUCUCUGCUAUUAUAGUUUAUCAAUACGGCGAAACGACAUAGAGGCCUCCUUGGGCUUUCAAUGUAAGUAAAGAGAAGAAAUUCUAGGCUUACUAAGAAAAGUCAGAUCACUGGCAGAGAUCAUUUGACACCAAUGAAGACAUAUUUAUGACUAAUAAAACACUUAAAGACAUUCAUUUUGAUUUAUAAAACACUUAAAACCCUACUUACUGUCCCUUUAAAAAUAAAGGUGCUUUAUGAUGUCAUAGAAGAACCAUUUUGGCUGAAUGGUUUCAUAAUGAAGAACUUUUUUUUGUUUAUUAACGUAAAUUAAGGUAAGAUUAAUUCAUGUGUGAAAUAAAUGGUUAAAAUGCCUUAGACUGAAUGUUUUUUUGAGGAACUACAAAUAAGACGAUCAUCUAAGAAAAGGUUUGUGUUGCAUUAACAUUUUUUGAGUUAGUUCAACUUAUAAAAAAUAUUAGUUGACUCACUUUUAUUUGUUUUUUAAGUUGAAACAACAAAUGAAGAGUUUGGUUCCAAAACCAGAUAACUCUUUAAAAAUCUUGUUUUUUGAUUGUGCAUUCCAAUUAAUAUCAAUAAACUGCAGUUGGUUUGUUUUGAUUUAAGCCUCUAUAACUAAAAUAAUACAACAAAGUAGCACAAUAAAAACAUGAUAAUAAACAUUGUUUAAAAAAAAAAAGUUAAACAGUUUUCUCGUUUUGGAACCAAACUCUUCAAUACGUUAAACAGUAUUUUACAAAAACAAAAAACAAAUAUUUUUACAGUGUACAACUGAAUGAUACAGACAUCUGUAACUGUUGAACAAACAUGUUUCUUUCUCUCUGUGUACUUCAAGCAGUAAAUUACUUUAAUUUAGAUGCAAAAUUUAAUUCAGGUCUGUGAUCUCAUAUAAUCAAAUUGUACAUAAAUAUUGAUGUUCUGAAAAGAAGAUCUAGAAUUUAAAAUGUGUUUCUCUCCUUAAAUGAUGAUUUGUAUGAAACUCAAUUCUGCCAUUAAUAAAGAAAUUGAAAUGGACAUAAAUGUGACAUUUUGUUUUAGAUUUAAUAUUUAGAGGCCAUAUGACUGACAAGCAUAGAAACCAAUCAAG